AUGCCGGCCUCGACCACCAUCCACGUGCUGCAGCUGUUGCGGGAGCUGCUGGCCUUCGUGCUCCUCAGCUACACGGUGCUCAUCGGGGCGCUGCUGCUGGCCGGCUGGACCACCUAUUUCCUGGUGCUGAAGUGA